AGGAUGCCAGGGGUGUGGAAGUUGCUGCGUACGCUGAUCUACAUAAUGGUUGGCUUGAAGAACGUUAGUAGCAACAGCGACAUUUGGCCGUUGGAGAGGCCAGAGGGCAUGGCGGCCAUCCAAUCUUUGGAGGUGAUGUGCGGAAAAGAUCAUAUGGACGUCCAUCUCUCGUUCUCGCAACCCUUCGAAGGUAUCGUUUCGUCUAAAGGUCAACACGCGGAUCCGCGUUGCAUCUAUGUUCCACCGUCCACCGGGCAAACGUUCUUUUCCUUCCGGAUAGCGUACGCGAGAUGCGGUACGAAACCGGACAUGCACGGACAGUUUUAUGAAAAUACCGUGGUGGUCCAAUACGACAAAGACUUACUUGAGGUUUGGGACGAGGCUAAACGUCUGCGAUGUGAAUGGUUCAACGAUUACGAAAAGACCGCGUCAAAACCACCGAUGGUGAUCGCAGACCUCGAUGUGAUACAGCUGGAUUUUAGAGGCGAUAACGUGGACUGCUGGAUGGAAAUUCAACACGGCAAGGGUCCAUGGGCGCCACCCGUAUCCGGUAUCGUGCCACUCGGUUCUACUCUUACUCUGGUCGUCGCCAUAAACGAUUAUCGAGGUGAGUUUGACAUGCGGGUCAAGUCGUGCGUGGCUUCAGACGGCGGCGGUCACACGAUACAGCUCAGCGACGAGUUCGGCUGCGUGCUAAGACCGAAGAUGAUCAGCCGGUUCUUGAAGGCACGCGGCUCAGACGACCGUGCGACCGUGAUCACGUACGCCUUCUUCCACGCGUUUAAAUUCCCAGACGCGUUAAGCGUUCAUAUCAAAUGCAAGGUGGAAAUAUGUCGGCACGGUUGUCUGGAUCAUUGUCAAUUGAGCGGCUCUAUAGCUCAUUAUAUUCAAGAAAGAAAGGAUCAUAUACGACCGCAGUAUAUAGAGAGUAUGACAACUUCCAUCCCGUCCAAUGACAAUGAUAACAGUAGCUCGGACAAAGACAACGAAGACUCGGAUGGUAAUGGCAAUGUGGAGCAGGGAGAUGGUUCUUCGUACGAUGAUGUCAUUCAGAAUGGCGACGAUAUGACGUCGAUCGGCGGACAUUUCCUAGAUGUUGAAAAGUCGAUUCCAAAAGCUCAGGCACAGACGAGUAACCGGUUACCAUCGGCUGUGACUGAAACGCAGCACGAUAGCGAGCCGGAUGAUGUCGAUUUAUCGAAACCAUUUAUGGAACCGUCGCGAGUGAAUAGAUACGAGAACGAACAGGAUCAGUUCCCGCAUGGACCGCGAAAUCUGGAGGAGGACAGCGGCGCGGUGCCGGUGACGCCGCUCUCCGCCAGCGUCACCCGUCGAAAACGCUCGGUGACGGUGACGGAUAGGAAAGCACGUAGCGCUGACGUCGGUGUCAGCGGUAUUUACGAGGUCAUCUCCGAAGCGGAUCUGGCCUUCAGUCCGGAUACGCACGCCGAGGCGGUGACAGUUUUUCAGGGCAGAAUACGCGAAGAGGUCGUUUACGGGAUCUGUCUGCCAAUGCCGGGUUUUAGCGCGCUUUUCAUCGUCGUCGCGCUCUCGGCGGUCGUUUCCGCCCUCGUUGCAGGCGCGAUGCUGCAUCGGCUGCAGGCGCAGCGGGACGUCACCACCGGCAGCAGAGAGAACGACCAAACUGGAGUACACGCCAACAACAACGGCUGGUUGCCUUACGGCUUGCUCCGCGUGCGCUGCACGACGCGACCCACUCACCAUCCCAACGAGCUGCAACAAAAACAGUCAAACAUAGCUUCGCAGGUUGCUGCAGAUUCAUCGGUCGAGCGAGGCUGA